AUGGCCUCUUCAUCCUCUCUCUCACUAACAUCGUCACUUUCUUCACUGCCCUGUUCUUCUUCCACGACCUCGACUCCAGUAUCUUCGUCCUCUGCCUCACCCUCAGCUUCAGACUCCUCACAUCAGGCUGCCCUCUCUCUCUACGGAAUCGCCCGCCGUUACUGCAGAGAAGAAAUCCUCGUGACCCCCCUUCGAUGGACCGGCCGCCACCUUGAGCUCCUGCAGUGCUCCUUUGACAAACCACUUCCCGAGCCCAUAACAGUCGCCACAUACUCGGUGACAGAAGCAGACUAUUCCGAAGAGCGCAGUGGCACGCCUCACUUGGAAGACUUUUUCCGCUACUACUACAAGGCUCAGUUCAGGGAACAGGGAAUCCGGCUGCUUCUCACCAGGGACGGAUGCCCCCUGGUUGCUUAUGAUUCCGUCAGGCUUUACUUCAACGGCUGUGUGGCCAAGAGGAUGGAGUGUGUAAGUCUCUGCCUUCGGGGCGACGAUCAGGAGACGCUUGAGUAUAGACGACCCAUCGCCGGCUUCAUUGACCGCAGCCACAUUGAGCUCCUGAGAAAGGAGACGAUAGGCUAUCGAUCCCGGCAUUACAAUCCGCCCAUCUUGCGCCUCUACAACAAGAAGUGGAGGAAAAUCAGCCCGCCUGAGCCAUUGUAUGACCCAUACAUUGUCGCACUCCUCAUUGGCGUCGCACAGCAGCGGAGGAGGCAUUUUCGGGAAAUCGACUCAAACGAAGAGGCCGUCAAGGGCAUGGUCUUUGUCUUGUCCACAUACUACUCCAAGGGCAAAAGCGAAGUGAAAGGCGAGGAGGCCUACAUGGGCUGGAUGUACCUCUACCAGGCCAAUAUUCCCUCAUCGCUACUCAACAUGUUCGACGACCCCAAUGCUCCUCCGUCAGCGCCGCCGUCAGUCUUGGUUCAGAUCAUUAAGAUAUCCUACGCCCCUUUGGCUACCUUGCGUGCUCGGCUGCUGGAGCUUUUGUUACCCGAAUCUCUCGCAACAACGAUUCAUUACGGUUCGUCUCCAGGACGGAAACGAAAAUACGAUGGUCAGGGCACUGGUCAACCGUCUUUACGGGAAGCCCCCUCGGGAUGA